AUGAUCGACCCGCCAUCCAUCCCACCCUCACAGCUCUUGUCUUGUCCACUAUCGUCAGCAGCAGCGCUAUGCUCUCCAUUACUACCCUCUCCAACGCGUCUAUCACUAGUAUGUCAGCGCCCUCUUUUCCACAUUAUCGCUAGCAGUAACAUGUCUACAGCCCUGCGAACUCCGUGUCCACUCUUAUGCCCACUAUUAAACUUACCACCAUCUGCUUGUACUGUUUGA